AUGCGCUUGACCGUCGAGCUCAUCCAGAAUUCCCUCUCAUACAUUAAUCCGCUCAAAGACCGUGAGCUGGAUCUCCGAGGGCACAAGAUCCCCGCAAUUGAGAACUUGGGUAUUGCCAAGGACCAAGAUGCUAUUGAUUUCACGGACAACGACCUCUCUUCCCUCGGGAACUUUCCUUUCUUCCCUCGCCUUCGUACCCUCCUCCUUGCGCGCAACCGAAUCAAUCACAUCCAACCAAACUUGGGGUCGUCAAUCCCGUCUCUGACUUCCCUGGUGCUGACGUCGAAUAACCUGUCUGAAUUGGCGGAUGUCGAAUCGUUGCGCUCUCUACCCAAACUCACACAUCUGGUCCUGUUGGAGAACCCUAUCACACGGAAGGAGAAUUACCGGUACUGGAUUAUCUGGCUGGCACCUUCGGUGCGAUUCCUCGACUACCAAAAAGUGAAGGAUGUGGAGCGCCAAAAGGCCAAGGAGCUAUUCGGAACGGUAGAGCAGCCCUCUGCCCUCGCCUCAAAGAUCAUGGGCAUCAAGUCCCGGGCGUUCGAUGCUUCCAGCGCUGCCGGCACCACCGGCGCAACCGACAAGGCUAUCCGUGUGAAGCUCACCGACGCCGAGAGAAAGCGCGUGGAGAAGAUGAUCCGUGAGGCGAAGAGCUUGCAAGAGAUCACACGACUGGAGAAGGAAUUGAACGAGGGACGGAUACCCGGCGGAGCCUUCGGUGCUAGCGACGCCGAUGGCGAUGAGAAGAUGCAAAUGUGA